CUCUGAAGGGAGACUUUCACCAGGGUGGAAAAAAGGAGAGAGCAAGCCAAGGGUGAGCUGGAUCGACAUUCAAAAACUCUGCAGAUUCAGCAGUAAAAAAAAAAUAACACGGUACAUGAAACAGAUGUAAAACUGCAUUUUUUUCUAAAUUAUGUAGCUUAGCAUGUAGCAUGUGAGUGCAGACUUAAGGGAGAAAUAUGAUAUUUCUCAAGGUAAAGGUUAACCGUGUGAAAGCCUAGUCCCUUACCAGACACAGUGCAGGAUUAACACUGUAAUGUGUGUGUGUGUGUGUGUGAGUGAGAGUGAGUGUGUAAGGGAGGGAGAGGGAGAAGGAGUGUAACAGGUGCUCAUCAAAAAGGGAAUCCAGGCUGUAGCUGUUGAGGGGGGAUCAGAGAGAAAAGCAAUUACAUCAACUUUCUCUCAAUAAUGUGCCAUGCUGCCAGUGAAGUCACUGUUUUUAUAUAUAUAUAUGUGUGUGUGUGUCUGUGUGUGUGUGUGUGUGUGUGUGUGUGUGUUGUUUGUGUGUGAGUGUGAAAUGCAUUUACAGGCCGGUGAAGGAAAAGCUGUCAAAGUGAGAGGCAGAAGGAGAGGGGCCCAUUCCUCCUGGCAGAGUGACACCAGGAAAUUCCUCUCUUUCUCUCUCUUGCUCUCUGUCUCUCUCUCUGUCUCUCUGUGUCGGCUCCUCCAUCCUCUCCUCCGCCAUGACGCUGCUGGCCUCUGAGAGGUCGCUCCUCAUCCGGAACAAGUUCCGCUCAGUGCUGCAGUUGAGGAUUCAGAAUCGAAGGCAGAGUGAGAUCAAUGCAGACCCCGGGCUGAAGUCGGCCUGUCCUGCUCUAAAAACAGAGAAAGACCAGAGUGAAGCUCUGCGCCUCACUGAUGACGGUGCCGCUCAAAAGCUGCCCCCUAGUGGUCUGAGCACUGACACUACACCAGAGAAGACUGUGUGUGGCGCCCAGAGACACAAGAAGGCUCGUCAGGCGCAGGACCUCACUGACAGGAUCCAACGUCUGCCCGGGCCUGCUCAGCAACCACACGAAAAACACACACUGCCCCUGGAGAACCGCUCGGCCUCCUUCCCUCUGCUUGCUGAUGUCUUCGAAGAUGACAUGUCCUCCUGCUCUUCCUCCUCUCCUACCAAGCCACAUGGCCUCCAUCAGUCACCGGCCUUUUCUUCACUCCCAGGGCCCGCAGGUGACCAGUUGUUGAGUGAUUUCUCAGCUGUGGCUCCACCCCUUAACCACAGCCCCGGUCAAGCUCAGUCUGGUUUGGCGUUGCUCCCGGCAACCGAGGGCAUCAGACAGCCGCUGAGUGUAACACUGAGUGAAUCAAACUCCAUGGCAACCACCGGGAGACCAAACGGGAUGUAUGUGACCUCCCAGACCACACCGCUGCUGCCAAAGACAGCUCGGCCUCCCACCCCUCCGUGUUCCUCCUCCCUGCCCCCCUCCCUCAACUUUACCCAUCUCCCUCGCCCACGGAAACCGCGGGAUACCAAACCCAAAAUGAGGACGCUUACAUAUCACCAGUACAUUCCUCCAAAUCAGAGAGGAGGGUCUGGGACGGGAGGGACCAAACAGAAGAGUUCUACUCCGACUUUAGACCCAGCCUAUUCCAAUCUCCUGAAGCAGCAGCAGGUCAUUCUCCAGCUGCAAAUCCUACAGAACCAGCAGCAGCAACAGCAACAACAGCAACAGAAGCAACAACUACAGCCGCAACAGCAACUCAUGGUAGUGCCUAGUGUAGAUCACAGUGAUCUGGUGAAGUCUUCUGGAGCCAUGCCCUUGAAUCCCCAACCUGUUCCUGCCACAACAAACCAAACUCCUAUGGACACGGACCCUAAAGCCAAACCGGAACCUCUCCCUGCAAAUCUUGUUGAUCUAACAGUGUCAGAGUUAAGGCAGCACCUUCGAAAACGUGGCCUCCCUGUCUCCGGCACCAAGCCUACUCUACUGCAGCGCCUCCGUCCCUUCCAGCUCCCCCACUCUUGCCCCACCCCUGCUCCCUUCUGCCAGCUGGGUACCAGCCUGGAGCCCCUCACCUCCUACCUCCCGCUAUCACCCAGCCAGAGCCCCAGCUCAAGCUCCAGCUCUGGACUAGACUCACCCAACAGGAGCCCAAACCAACAGAUGUACAUCCCGGACAGGGGGAUUCCUAAUGGGAUUCUCAGCGACACUCCGAAUGGGGUUCCAAAUGGAAUGCUGAACACAGUGCAGAACGGUUUCACAGCAGGUGAAAGCUGUAGUCUUACCAACGCUGGCUUCCUAGCUCCCGCUAGCACAGCCUCAGGAACACCAAGUCCCAGUCUGCCCAUGUCAUCCUCUUCGCCCCUGCAGUGUGGGACUUCAUGGAGAACUGAGAAUGACAAGGAGCAGCAACAGCAGCAGGAGCUGAGUGUGGAGCUGGAGAUGAGGGAGAGGUUAAGGAGCAGGCCCAGGGACCGCUCCACUAACACCGGCAAUGAGUCUUGUGGAGGAUCUCUUCAUCCGUUCCUGCAACAGGAUCCUGGAUGCUCCAGAGGCAAGAAAGAAACAGACGCACAGACAGAGGUGUUCUGCUGCCAACCAUGUGAUGUGAUUGGCCAGGAUUUUGAGCUGCCAGUGCAGAUUACAGCAAGCCCUGUUCAAACCUCGCCCGGUGUUCGCAGCUUGGAGGAGGAACUGCUGGAGGCCAUCCAGAAAGCACAGAUGGACCCUCGGCUGUCCAUAGACGACAUCCUGGAUGAGCAAAUUACUUGUGUUGGCUCUGAUGGUGUCUCUGAUCGUAAAUCCCCUGCCCAGACAGUCCCCGGACCCUCUCCACCUCCUCCUCCUCCUCCUCCUCUUCUUCAAGCCGAUCAGUCCCAGACCUGCCAGCAGCACACUAAAGAUGACGGCUUCCUGCCCUCACCUCUUUGCUCCUCUCUUCUGCUGGAGCUCCCUCCAUCCCCAGCUAUAAUAAACCCAAACCAGGUGAUCCCAGCUCCUCCCCCACCCCCCAUCUGUACUUCCCCUCUUUCGUCCAUUGGGAAGUCCCGAAAACGACGAGCUCCAACACUGUUUGAUGCUGCUGACUGGCUCGAAACAAUGACAUCUGGUCUUCGUCCUCUUACUCCACCGGCAGCUCCGUUUGUCGAGCCAGACUUGAGUCUGGAUUCCGAUCUGAAUGUCAGCAGAGUGUUGGAUCUAAUGAUCGAGCAGUGGUGAGGACUUGUGUGUGUGCAUUUGUAGUUGUAACUCUGUAUGUAAUGUAGAUGAACAUAUUUUUUUGAUCAUGAAUGGGGCAAAGCGUUUGCAUCCAACAGAGGGCACAAGACUGUGAAGUACUGAAAGGCUGUCAGUCACCGGCUCCACGCAAUGUCGAGAGCUGGAUUCAUUGCUGGCUUUGAUGGGGCAUUGAGAGCACAAACAAAUGCACACACACACACACACAAAAACACACCACUGAGGGCUGUUUAAAAGAACUGGGAACAGCCAAAAAUGGCAAACAGGCAACACAUCUGUGGGCUGACACACUUCACUGCACAAUGUUUGCAGUGCUAAACAAAAGAAAACCUGGUGGCACAUUAAUUUAAACAUGCUUCCUGGCUGCGCCGGGAGAAUGUUGUUUCUGACUUAUCUCCAAAAAACGUUGUCGGAUUGGGUCGAGUGUGGCCCCCAGUGUUGACUCAGUCAUUGAGUCCUAGCCAUUCAUAAAGCCCAUUUGGAGUGUGUAAAAGCCAGGCAGAGCACACAGCUUGUGUGUGGCUCCAGACCUUAACCUCGGUGCCAGACACACAGUCGGCAUGCAGAGAGAGAAAGCUGGCAGAAGCUACAAGCAAACCGUGUGUCUGUGUGUGGUCAUGAGGAUGUGCAAGCAGUAUGUGUGCGUAAGCUUGUGUGUACAUGUGUCAAGUGUGUGUGUCUUCUGAAUGUCCGAUAGCGACUGUGCACACAAGGCUGCCUUUGUUUGCAUGUGUCGACAGCCAAAUGCUUCCAUGUAUAUUAAUGAGUGUUAAAGCCACAUGCACUUGUAGUAAUUAGUUUGCUUAUAAUUAAGUAUGCCUGCCCGUAUGUGUGUGUGCGUUGCGAUUGAUCCAUGAGAGGUACAUGUGUGAAAGACAGCAAAGAAGCCGUGGAUUUCUGUGUCCACAUUUAAGACCAGACAUUUCAUUGUAGUCUCAAUGCCAGCAGGCAGUAACUCCAGUGUAGUUAUCCAGUGUAAUAAUUAGAACAACCACAUUACCUUGUUCAAGUCGCUGUUCUCCAAGAGAGCAAUCAGGCAACCACCCCAAGAAUAGUCCCCAUACAAAUGCCCCAAUCAGACAUGUGAGAGUUUCCUCAUUGCUUUGCAAAAACAGGUGGUCAUUUUGUUCCCUGAUUAACCCCCAACGGUGUCUGGCCGGCUGCUCGGUGCUUACUCUGCUUCUAGAAAACCCAGAUUUAGCACAAUGUAUAGCCCAAAUCCACACAGUCACACCUGUUCAUGUAUUUAAAUUAAUUCCACAAA